CUUAAAACAAAGUAUUUGUCGUCCUAUUCUGCAAUAGUCGACAUUAGGAAAGGCGAGCUGAAGUGGCGUUGGAGACGAAGACGGCACUAAGCACGGUAUUUUUUGAGAAAGGGAUCGGAACGAGUCUUUGUGAAGUGCAUCGCUGUGAAUACAUCUGCCAAACAACAAGUUAGAAUCAAAGCACCAUGGUGAAUAACACGAUGCAAGAGCGCCUAGCGCGCUCGCGUCGCCAGCGAAGUAUCGCCUACGCUCAGCAACUCAAAAGUAGCACGAGCUGUGAAACCUCAUCCGUAGGUGGAGGGGACAAGGACAAUGCAUCUGUAGCUUCUGCUGGAAGCCUUUCGACGACCGUAACUGGAAAUUCCGCCUCAAAACUGGAAGAGAGAAUCAGGCAACAGAGGCUUCGAAACAAAGUCGAUCGAUCGCGCUUUUCUGUCAAUGCGACGUCUGCUGCCAAACCCACGAAAAAUGAGGUUGUGGCAUCGCCAUCCCCGACUAGAAUUGCAAAUCGAAGGCAGCGGAUGAUCGCUAUUUCAACAAAAGCCUCAAUGACAAACAAAAUGAAUCGUUCAAACCCUAGUACUCCGCAAACUCCAAAGACGCCAGAAGCUUCGGCUUUUCCGUUUGCUUCGUCACCUUGUGAAUCUUCGCUGUAUCAGUCAAAUGAAAUGGAGGAUUACGACGGAAGGCACGAACCGAAUAGCACCGGCAAAAUUACUCAAAAACUAAAGAGUUUUCAACGCGAUUUGGGCACAGGACCUUACGCUAACGGCAGGGCAUCCCCACCACCUCCUCCACCGCCACCUUUGCCGGAACCAACGCAUGUUAAGCAUGCCAACAAGUUCAAGACUUGGAACGAUAAAAACAACCAGAAACAUCGAGGACACGAUCCCGAUAGUUUUACUAGUGAACGGCAGACAUCAUUGGACAGUGCAUCAAACAGAGUCGGUGAACAUCAAUAUCCAUCAACUGCCAUUCAACCGCAAGGUGGCCGCGUCGUUGUCAGCCGAAGUCCCUCGGCAGCGACCAGACCUAACAUGCAGGCAUCCUUCCCUUCUCAGCAACAGCUAAGAAGCAAUAGGGUGGUUGUUCCUGUUGAGUCACCCUAUCCUUCUCAUCAACAGUUCAAAGGUAAUCAUGCGGUUGACUCACCCUCCCCAUCUCAUAAACAAUUCAGUGGUAAUAAUGUGGGUUUCCCCAUGGAUUCACCUUCCCCUUCUCGUCAACAGUUCAGAAGCAAUCGUGUGGUUGUUCCCGCAGAGUCUCCCUCAUCUUCUCAGAAACAGUUUGUAGGUGGUCGGGUGGUUGUGUCGAGGAGUCCGACGACUAGCUCUGGCAGCGCUGAUUCUUCCUAUUCUUCCCAACAGCAAAAAUGGAACAACACCCAUUCUACGAACGGUGCAGCAUAUUCCAGAAAUAGCUGGAGUGGCAACGCAAGGACAAAAGUAAAUGAAUCGCCCAAGAUGCAAAGAUCGUUUUCUGCUGCAAAAUUUGGAUCCCCGCACGCGAAGCAGGCCACGAUUGGUGGCAGGAAAUCUUUGGAAUCUCAAGUUUCUAUGUAUAAGCAUAUGCUGAAGCCGGUGCAAAAGGAAACAGAAACGAAAAAAAGCCACGAGAAGGAGGCUUACGGGGCGAUUAUCGAAACACCGGAGAAAUCAAGCGUGUCUAGCUUGCAUGCCAUGUUUAAUUCUCAAAAUGCGACACCACUCAUGCCCAUGAAUAGUACUGACGCUCGCGUGCGCCAAAGUUUCGGCGGCUUGCCAUCCCCAGGAUCCGGAAAAUCCCCAUCUUCCAUCAAAUCUGGCAGCGUUGUGUCUUCGAGAUUUCGUCCUGCCACGGAGACGGUUGCUCCGCAGCAGCAGCAGCAGCAGCAGCAGUACAAAAACUCAUUGCGGGUUCAAACUGGUCCAUCGGCAUCACUCGCUCAUUCAACACCAAGGAGUGCUCCUAGUCCUAGUCCCAGUCAUCCUGUGGUAGCUUCCCCUUGGAGCCAGAAACAUCAUGCAAGAAAAGAUGAUCCAAAAUCUUUCGAGAACAAAAAUGAUUCGCGUGUGCGACAAUACUACAAUUCGUCGUGGAGGGUGGAAAGCCCAGUUAAUAUGCCUCGGCAAGAGACACAAAGUUCGGCGUCCAAAACUCCAAAAUAUGGCGAUCACAACAAACCAUCAAGUGCCGUACCCUCAUGGCAGCAAAGAUGCAAGCCACGACCAAUCGAUCACGACGUGCCUGACACCCCGGUUCGUUCCAACAAUGUUCGAGCCUUAGAACCUCAAACCAACGUGCCGAAAUCUAAUACUCCAUCGUCAUCCUCAGUCGUCUCUUUCAUGUAUUCUCAGAACAAGAAACCCAAUGAAAACACGCCAAGGCGUGUCGAGCCAAAUAAAGUACCAGCCUCCUCAAUCGCCUCUUUGAUGUAUUCUCAGAAUGCGAAACCCAAAGAUGACCUACCAAAGCGUAACGAACCAAAUGAUGUACCGGCCUCCUCAAUCGUCUCUUUGAUGUACUCUCAGAACAACAAACCCAAAGAUGAUGUACCAAAGCGUGUCGAACCAAAUGAUGUCCCGGCCUCCUCGAUUGUAUCUCUAAUGUAUUCUCAGAAUAGUAAAGCCGAUGAGGAGACCAAGGGUGCGUCCGAAGUGGCGGUAGAUUGGCCUUGCGACGGCGAUGAAAACACCGAACAAGAAGCAGUCGAAGGAGAGGAUGUAGAUGAAACGGCGACUGACAUUAUUCAAGAAAUGCUUAUAGAUGAUAUCUCGGAUGUUGGGAAGCAUACCAAUGUAGCCGAGAAUCUCGGAGCUGGAGAAAUGAAUCAAAUGGUUCAAGAACUUCUCCAUGAGUCGUCGAGCCAGAAUAAACCAUGGGAGAAUGAUACCAAACACAGCGUUGUGCAAACAUGGCAAAAUCGUUCAUCAAACCCGAAUGAUCCUUCUUUGUCGUUGCCUGCCACAGAAGGAGCAAAUGAAGUAUCGAAAGCACCGGCUAUUGUGGAGUCGAAUGACAAUCAUGCAUCUUCUAAGAACGAGGUUGAACAGAAUGUACCGUCUGAGCUUGAAGAAAAAGGUCACGAAACAUCAAAAGAGGUACCGCCUGUUGACUCUUACAGUGAUUCUUUCAUUGAGGAGAAAAAGAGUGGCGACCUUUCUAUCGACGAAGACAAAAUUCUUGGCGAAAAGAUUAGCGAGGAUCCAUUGGAAAAGUACGAGAUUUCAAAUGAGCCCGUUGCUCCCAAAAAUAUUCCAUUUUAUGACGACGACUCUUAUAUAAGUCGUGGCGAUACGACCUCACGAGGAUUAGGUGCAUCUGAAUCAUUCAAAUCUGCAAGUGCUCGGUCCCGAACUAGUGCAACAUAUAACAGUGAAGACAUGAGUGUUUACGUGGAAGAUGAACGCAUAAUCACCAAGAAGGAAGAUAAGAUCAUAUCAGCCCAAUUUGAACAAAUGAACCUCGAAGUUGCUGUAGGAGAACCAAAUUUGACGACAGCACCGGCACUAACGGUGGGCGCCACCACCCCAAGAGCUGGUGGGUCGGGCCUCCCCCGUCUUGACCCAUCCCCAAGAGAUAAUGAUAAGUAUAGACUCAGAUAUUUCGAAGAGGCAGAGGCAUCCACACCGAAAGCAAACCGCAGUUUAAUACCAAGUAAGAAGACCCCUGAUGUUGACGAUCGUGGCUCUGGCCAUUCGAGAAAGUCGGUAGACAACCAGGUGAUCGAUAUUUGGGCGACGAGCUCGGCGUCUAACGAUGAGCGCGAUGAGGCGAUCACGUUUGAUGAAACAGACAAGUGGUUGGAUUGUGAUCCCGAUAUCGAGGAUUCCAUGGUGGUCGAGGACGCAUCAGUUUCAUCAGAUGUAGAGGACGCAAAUAAAGGGACUGGCGACAACAAACCAACCUCCGAUCCAGGACCUACGCCUUUAAUCUUGAAGAAACCACCGCAAUCGUUGCGUUCUAUAGAGAAGGAACAGCAGCGCAAAAAAGCAACAACGAUUGCAAUGGAGGCCAAGAAACAACCCAAACAAGAGGUCUUUGAUCCGUUCGGAAUUGACGGUGAAGAAGCCGAGCAAUUGAAGAUCGAUACCGAUGACGAUCUAUUCUCAAAAAAUCCCGACCCAUUCGCAACGCAGGAAUCGUUCUCUCCGUUGCAGUGGUCGAGUGAAACAAAAAAGGAAGAAAAGAGUUUCGCGAGCAGUCCCGAUGAAGAAAUUGGCUAUUACAAUUCACCUAACUCACGGCUUGAAAUUUAAAUUAUAGAAGUUUCUCGCCUGCGAACUCAAAAAAAGUUUUAUAAUGAAGAAACAAUAAACAGAGCAAAAUGUGACGAGUAGAAGCAUUUUGUUUCAAUGGGAACACUGAAUAAAAUUUCAUAAAUACC